AUGGGUAAACUCUGUUGGUUUCAAGUUUCCAUUGGUGGUAAGGUACAAAAAGAAAAAAUUAUUUUGGAGCUGUUUGACGAUGUCACACCAAAAACAUGCGCUAAUUUCCGUGCCUUAUGUACUGGAAAUGAAGGCAAAGUGACAGAGGGAACACACAUUCCAAUGACGUACAAAGGCAGUACAUUCCACAGAAUUAUUGCUGGUUUUAUGAUCCAAGGAGGUGACUUCACGAACCACAAUGGUACGGGUGGAGUUUCCAUCUAUGGUGAACGCUUUGAGGAUGAAAACUUUGAUGUCCCCUGUGAUAAGGCUGGCCUCUUGGCGAUGGCAAACGCCGGACCCAAUACUAACGGAUCCCAAUUUUUCAUCACCGUGAACGCGGCCCACCACCUCACUGGACGGCACGUUGUCUUUGGCAAAGUGGUGCGUGGAAUGAACACCGUGCGGGCGCUGGAGCACACGGAGACGGGGGCGAACGACAAGCCCGUGCAGCCGUGCGUGAUUGACGACUGCGGGGUGAUGGACACCCUGCCGGAGCCGGAGCCGCAGGUGGGCGGUGAUAUGCACCCAGACUACCCAGAGGACUGCUCCCCCGCCCUGGGGGAGGCCGAACUGCUGCAGGCAGGAGAGGAUAUUCGCCAAAUCGGGAAUAAUCUCUUUAAGGCUGGGGAUUUUGAAAAUGCUAUGGAAAAGUAUGAAAAGGCGGUUCGUUAUCUAAAUACUGUUAAUAAAACAACAGCAAAUGCGACGGUUAUUGAUGAAAAAUUGGUUGCAUGCUAUAAUAAUACAGCUGCAUGUGCGAUAAAACUGAGUCGCUGGUCUGAAGCCCGAAAAGCUGCUACAAAGGUUCUUGAUAUUGAUGCAUCCAACUCCAAGGCACUUUUCCGUCGCGGUGUUGCUAAUCUGAGUUCUGGUGACACAGAGUCUGCAGUGACGGAUUUCACUAAAGCUCAAACCCUAGAUAAGGAUAACGCUGAAAUCGCGGCAAAACUUCAACAGGCUAAGGAUGCAGAGAAAGCACGUAAUGCAAAGUUGGCUGCUGGCUUGAAAAAGAUGUUCUCGUAA